AUGGCGGCACUGGGCGCCCCGUCGAGCCCAGCGUCCCCUGAGGUGUCUCCCGCGUCGGUGUCGCCGCCUGAGCUGCCUCCAACCCCGUCGUCGACUUCAGGCACAGUGUCCAAGUCCCCCGUGGAGUCGAAGCCGAGCAGCCCGAGCCCGCUGCCGCGCUGCGCCUGUCGCGAGGAUUCGCUGCCCACCGCCGUGUUCUACGGGCCGUUGGACGCCAGGAACCCGCUCCUGGCCUCCUGCGAGAAGGACGUCCGCGAGCUCCUGAGCUUCAUGAAGAAGAAGAAGGCGCUGGCGGCCACGGAGGCGCAGCAGCAUGACUUUCGUCGGCGUUGUGCCACCACUUUGUUCAAUAUCUGGACCAAAUACGCCCCCCGGCUGCCAGCCAACUAUUACAAUGAAAAGCUCCUGAAGGUUGGAGAUAGCCUUUGUCACCUCAGAGAAUACAAACUGGCCCUUUUGCAGUGCUAUGGAAGAUUUCUUCAACAGUUUGAUGCCCAUUUUGAUGAAAAUAAAGCAGAUGUGAAUCAAUUCAAAGCUGUCUUUUUUCCAAAAGGCUCCGGAGAUAACACAGCUAGACUUACGUUUCAUGCUUUGUAUGGCAAAAAUAUUUGUAGCUACCAGCUGGUCUGCGACAGUGAUGUAAACCUGCAGAACCAAGACUCUGUGAGCCAGUGUCUGCAUAUCUUGUCCUCCUUGCGGCUCAUCAUGCAGGUGGCGCUGCCACAAGAGCACCUUUGCUGGAUUGUCUUCAAUGGUACCAUUUAUAUUUACACCAUUUGCAGAAAGCUGAUGAUCAUAGGUUAUUCUUCUAAGGCCCUGGAGCACCUGCUGUGGGCCAGCGUGUGCAUGGAGUCCUCCGUCCCGCUCCUGGCUGUCAGGUACCUGAGCUGGAGGGCCACUCUCUACGCCGCUGUGUGCCAGUGCUGGUACGACUGCCAAGAUGGCCUUCACGGGGAGGCAUUUGCUCGGCGUGCUUUAGCUAAAAUUGAUGAGCUGAGGCAGCUGGAGUUAAUGAGCUCCUCACAAUCGCAGGAAGAAUCCAGAAGAUGGUACAGAGAGGCCACGAUAAAGAUGGCUGUGAUGAUCUUCAAAAGAGGAGUGUUUGAGUCUAGAAGAAAAAACAAAGCGUAUUUUAGACCAAAGACUAGAGUUAACCUCAAGGAAGCCCAAAGCCUGUCCUGGCCACGGACCACCACCGAACGGCUGUUGGAUGAGAUGUUUGAUAGCACCGCAUCCAGGUUUCUGGCCGUCGUGGAAGCGCUUUCCGACUCCAACCGGCGAACACUGCAAACAGGGCCUCUUGUGACUGAUGAGGUGGAGCUGCGUGAUGUUGUCUCAGAACUGUUUAUGUCAGGAAAAGAACUUUUAAUAAUGUCAAAUAUCGAUGCUAAUGGAGUGAUUGAUUUUCCAAAAAUAUCUCUUCUGGAACUUAUGAUAGAAAGAAAAAAUAUUAUUUCGAUGGAUGUUGCUGUGAAAUUUAUAAAACUGGCGUUUACUUAUGAAGAAUGGGGCUUAUUUGAAUCUGCAGCGGGGCAGCUUGCUGCUUUUUUCCAGAGGCAGGACGAUCCAGAGGCCAAGAAAGCAGAGAAGGAUGUCACGCUUCUGCUCGCAGCAGAACCCCUAGUCAAUGCAAAGAGAAACAGAGGUGUGAUCUUUCCUCUGGAAAACUAUAAAGAAGGACAGGCAAUUCAACUUUAUUUAAAAAAUAUAGCUUUUGAUGAUACUUUCGUGAAGCUUUGCGGAUAUUCAGAAGAUAUUUUUCAUUUGGCAGCAGUCCUGCAUUUCUGCGUCUGUGCCUCUCCCCAGAAUGUUCAGCCUGAUAAAGAAAUUGUUGUGGACAUGAUAAUGUUCUUAUGGCAAAAGUGUAAACCAGGAGUGCAUCGGAUCAGUUUGUCCAGAAAUGACUACACAAAAGUCACCCAGAAAAUCACAACUAGCAAAUGGGUGCAUCUUCUGUGGCAGAUACACGAAGUGAUUCACAGCUGUAAAAGGGAAGACAUUGACUUUGUGGUGGUAGCAGAGGUCACGUUAAGAUUAACUGAGAUAUUAGAGAUUUUAGGAAGCCCAAGAGGAAAAUUUAAAAAGUCUCUAGACACAUCCCUAAGAAAAGAUUAUGAAGAAGUCUAUGGGAUCCCCAGAGGAAUCUUGGAAGUGCUCCCAAUAUUAAAGAAAACACCUGAGGAACAGUUGUUUUUUGCUUAUGAACUGCUUGACAAGGCAAUUGAUAGAAUGAAUCUGAAUUGCAUGUUAACUACUUUGCCAGAUGGAUCGUCGGUGAUCGACCACUGCUAUGUCAAGUCUAAGUGUUCCCAUGAUGUAGAUGGAGACACUUACAAACCAAUCUCCGAAAAUAGUUUUGUGAUGGAUUUACAUCUUGAAUUAAUUCAAGCUCAGCACCGAAUAGCUGUUCUACUUCUUGACCAACUGCAAGUUUUGCAGGUUUCUCCUAUUAGUGAAAAUAUUUCUACCAAAAGUUCAGAGAAGUUAAAACAAUCUGGAAACACUGGCUGCUUCACAGAAUUAAGCGUAAUGAAUAAAAUAAAGAAAAAUAAGCUGUCCAAAGCAAUUUACUUAAUGCAGAAAGCUCUUUUGAUAUUUGAGAAUGAUCCAACAUCUACAUCUUCAUGGAACUUCUUGAUGGAAGCAUAUUCUUUAAUUGAGAAGACUGAAGCCGAACAAAAUGCCUUGUUUUCAUAUCAGAAAUAUUUGCAAAGCUCAAAAGUAAGGAAAAGCAGGAUCCCUCCUCCACCCAUCCUCCUCUCCAGAACUCAUUGUUCUGUGACCCUCAAACCCACUCCGUUCCUUUCAGACGUUAAGGUGUCCUGGUACUGCAUUUUGGGUUGUAAAGCAGAAGGAAGUUACGGAAAAGUGAGGCUGAACAACAACCAUCUCCCCAAUUCCGGAGAAGCGAUACCAGCUGAUGGUAAAAGCAUUUUUGAAGUGAAAGGUUUAGAAGCGAAUGAAAAAUACAUAUUUGCAACUGCUGCUUAUUGUUCUAAUGGGAAACUUGUUGGUGAUGCUGUCGGGGAGACGACUAAGCCAAUCCUGGUCUAUCCAUCACUGUCUGCUAUUACUGCUCGAAUGUACCUGAUACAGGUUGCCUAUCAGAUCGGCCACUAUGAGCUGGCUAAGAAAGUUUUCUCACCUGUUUGGGAUUAUUUUGUUGCUUCUCCAUCUCAGGAUGAGCAGUCCUGUGUUUCUCUAGACAAUAUGAUGAUGAUUACACAGAGAAGGUUACAUCCAGGUAUCUUGGCAGAGACUUCUUCUAUCCUCUUAUACCUUUUUCUUAGGAAUAUCUUUGUAACAAGUGACAUUAAAAUUAAAGAAGAAAAUCUUUUCUGUGAUAACAUUAAGGGCAAUGAAAUUUUCCCUGCUCAACAAAUUGCUAGGCUGAUGGAAUGUGAGAGGGUUUUAGUGGCCCUGGAACUUAGCAACUUCCUGAAUGAUUCCAGUUAUGCCCUACAAGCUGUGACUCAGUGCUAUGGACUUCUUGCUCCUAUAAUAUAUCACAAUAUUCCUUUGGUACCUGUUGUUCAGAUCUUGAUAAAGUGUGUAGUGGUUUUGCAAGGACUGCCAAAUAUUGUCCACUUGAAAAAAAACAUUUCGAGUUUUGAAAGUGUGCAGCACAUGAUAGCUUGUUGUAUCUUCUAUUUAACAAAGAUUCUGCGUUCAUGGAAGGAAUAUGACCUAGCAGUAAUGAUUAUAAAUUAUGGGAAAAAGAUGUUGGACAUCACACCAGCGUGCAAAUCUGUAUUUGGCAAAAGUGAAGAAGACAUGCUCGAGAAGUCUUCUUCUUCUAAGAAACCUCUAAAAAAUAAGAAGCCACAGCAGAUACUGUCACCGGAGAAAAUAAACGAACAACUGUUCUUGUUGGAGACACAUCUACUGAGGAUGACAAAACAAUAUACUGUCCCUGAGCUCUCAGGAACAGAAGACCCAAUAUUUCUUUACUCUGUGGUUUUGAACUGGUCAGUGAAAGGUGCUGUGAAAGAAGUUAUGAAGUUUAAGCAAAGACCCAGAUUCCUGGAAUUCUUUACGCACAUUAUGCUUAAAUGUAUCAAUGAUGAAAAAUUUCACCUUGUGUUGGAGAUAACAGCACCUGUCUGUGACUUCCUGAAAAGGAGGAAUGAGUCCCUACUUGGAGUGAGAAAAAUAAAAAUUAAGGAGAAUGUCAUUAGUGGAAAGACCAACAUACCUUUUAAGUUCAAAAUAGCAACAAUAGAGUUUGGAACAGGUACAGAAACGACAUCAAGGAAAAAAAAUAAAAGAAAGGAAACACUAAAAGAUUUUUAUGCCAAAAACCCAUCCGUUCUUGAAUUGACAGAAUAUGAAAGACAUAAGAGACCUGAUAUUAGAAGAAUAGCAUAUCAAUGCCUGAUUGAGAACUUGAAUCCGCUAAUAUUAAAUUAUGUCAGAAGAAACAGGUUUCACCAAAUAUUUCUUGAGGAGAUGCCCUGGAGAGCUCAGAUGAACUUGUAUCUGGCACUUACACAUUUCCACCUGUUUCUACAAAGGCUAGGAGAGCGUAUGAAGAUAAAAUUUGGCACUUCACAUAUGAUGGUCAGUUUCCGAUCAUGUGACCCUAAUUUAUUCUCACUCUAUAACUCAGGAACAGUAUUACCAACAGGAAAAAUGACUGUAGAAAAUUAUAAAGCAAUGCUCGAUUUCCUCCUUUCAGCUAAGAAAAGAAAAGCCAACCUACCAUCAGACGCUUCAGAAUUUUCUGUGUUUGCUAAAUCCAAAAGUAGUGAAGAAAUGUCCAAGGCGCAGAAAGUUCUUGACUCUGACUCUCAAAAGGACCGAGCACCAAACUUGGGACUGGAUCAUUUUAUGAAAAUCUUUUUAUACUGCAGGAGAGCAAUGGUUCUUGCUCAUCGAGGGGGCUACUGGACUCUGCUUCAGAACUGCUGUCGGACCCUCUGGAACUUCACUCAGGAGCUACAGAUACUUCUGAACCAGGCAGUGGAUUUGUACAAGACAUUUCCCGUGAGCCAGGAUGGCUUUCUCUGCACCUCUGUCUUACCAUUCUACUUGGGAGCAGAAUUGCUUAUUGACAUGUUAGUACAACUACAAAAUACCAGUUCAGUUCAGUCUGUUGAAGACAAAGGAGAAUUCAGCGUGCCAAGCUGUUAUGGGAAUAUCAAAUAUGAUAAUGGUGGUUCUAGCCUCACGUUUGAGGAUCCUUUGGAUGAUGUGAAUAUGGUUGAUUUGAAAUGGAUCCAUGACUUUGUACUGAAAUCCCUGGAAAUUUUAUAUCAAGUGGAGAAAUGGGAAACGCUAGUGUCACUUGCCAUUCAGUUCAAUAUGAUUUCACAUGAGAGGUAUGCAGAACAGGUGACCCCACUCCUGGUUUAUGCCCAGCGUCAGCUUCUUCUGAGAAUACAGAAUUUCAAGGGCCCGGAUGUUACCCAACAAGCUUGCGCAAGAUAUGAGGCUGAGUAUGGAGAGAAGAUCACCUGCCGAAAUUUCAUGGGGAAGCAGCUGAAGAUUGAGUCUCUGCCCAGUGUAGAAAUGGAUGCAGGAGGCAGUACAGAUUUACUAAAAAUGCUCAUCUAUUCAGAGUACAGCCGAGCCAAGCAGCUUGUCUGCGUGCCUGUGGAUGUGACGGACACUUUGAGAUGCUUUAGAGAGACUCUGGAAAAAUCCAGAUACCACAAUAGAUCGUUCCGACACAGCAAAAAGUUGCUGUCAUUACUGCUUGCACAGACACAAGGAGAGAAAGGAGGAGUGAACAAUGCAAAACUCUCUUCUGGGAAGGUGGAAUUUUGUCUGGGGAUAGAAGAGAUGCACAUGUCAACACCUCCUGACCUUUCUCAGGAGCACUUCAGAGUUUUUAGUUCAGUGGAGAAAAGCAAGCUUCCAUAUUCACAGCUUGGAUUGGUAAUUGCUUCUUAUCACCAGACUGUUGAUGUUCUCCAAGCCAGCAAUCAAAGAAGUCUUAAAGUUCAGGCCUUGCACACACUUGGAAAUCUUCUCAUCUUUGCAGGAAAGAAAAGGGCUGCUUUAAAGUGCUGGUGUCAAGCUCUUGAUGACAUAUUCAGAAAACCAGACGUGCUACAUACCUGGAAAGAAUUGACCACCUCCCUCCCCAGGGCCACCAACAGUUAUUCCCCUCGGGGCUUCAAAGACUACAGUGAGGAAUUUCUGUCAAAAGUUGGCAUUUGGGGCUGUUUGCAAGGCGCAGUCAUAGCAGCAAAGAUUGCACAGUUCAUUAAAGCUGUGAAUGUUACAGAGAGAACCAACUGCUGCAUUUUGUCUGCGUUGCUCUUCCAGGGUUUACUUCGAACGACACUUCCACAUCCCAAGGCUGAACAUUGCUAUGCUCAGUACGAAGUCACACAGCUCCUCCCAGGCAUUGAGCUCUUCUCAGAUAGCUACCGGGCUGACAUCUGCUCUGUCGUUGCCAGUUUAUAUUUCAUUAUCCGUGAGCUGCACUUUGUGAAGCACAAUCUAAUAGUUCUGCCUCUCCUUGCAUUGUAUCAAUAUUUUGUUUCUGGAAUUUGCCAAGACCUAGUUAGAAACCUAGAAGCAAGGAUCCUUAAGAUAGAAGUUCUCCUUGAUUUAGGCUUCUUUUCCGAAGCCUUUUCUGAGCUAUCUCAGAUUCUUUAUGGGAAAAAUAUGCCUUGCGCAAUACCUUCCUGCUGUAAAGCUCCUCAAAAAUCUAAGCCAUUUCAAGCAUUUGCCUCAGGAAAGCCUCUCUUCAGUAGAGAAAACAUGCAGGCGCUUGAAGAAUUAAUAACGAAAAGCCUGCCUAUAACUCUGGUCAUGGUUGGUCGACAACAUCUCUUAAAUAAAUUUUGUUUUGUUAAGGCAUACUUCCUCAUUAGUCUGGCUGCAACAAUAAAUUGUGUCCCAGAUAAUUCGUUGAAAACGCUCUGCUUAGGAUUUGCUGCUGACAAGAGCAAACUGAAUCUCGCAAACUUGAUAGAGCUCUAUUUAAAGGAUGACAGAAGCUCAUUUGGUCAGUUUCCAAAAGUUAAAGAUGAGUCUACUCUUAGCAUCAUAAAGUCGGUUUUGCUGAUGGAGGCAGAAGACAAGCUCAACUCCCUUGUGUCCGAGGUGGAGUGCGCGGGCCACAAGAGCCUCUCGGAGUGCUCCGCGGGCGAGCUGGAGUCUGUGGUGGAGGCCAGGCUUCAGCUGGCGGCCGUCGCCCUGCAGCGGCACCGGGCAGCCUACAGUGCUGCAAUAGUAUAUUCCACACUUAAACUUCUCCAAGAUUCAAAACUUUUUAAAAAGAAGGUAGCACAUGAGGAGGUCGAGAAUCCCAUCUCUUCAGGAACUUCUGUCACAGAAAACAAAGAUGACAGUGUGUUUUUGGACCCCAUUUCCUUGAAUGCCCGAGAGUAUUUCAACAUCCACCUGUGGCUGCGGUGCCGCCUCGCACUUGUGACUGCGUUUGUCGCGCAGAUUCGAGGCAUUGGAAUUGUGAAAGAGAAUGAUAUGACAGAUUGUUUGAGCCUCAUCAAGGAAGUGUGUGCGGAGGCGGCGGGCGCUUACGACACAGAGGUGCAGGCUGAAUCUCUGAUGCAGGCUGUAACGCUUGGCCUGCAGGAGAAGCAUCUAAAGGCAGACAUUGUAACAAACCUUCAGGAUAUAAUACAUUUGCUUGAAGGAAAUGAAUUUAUUUCUCCCCGAUCUUGGCUAACCCUGGCAAGAAGCCUCGUCCUAUUAGAUGACCUAACAAAAGCUGAAAAACUCAAGCAGCAUCCUUCCUCUUCGAAAACAGAAAUAUUAAAAUUUUUGACUCAGGCCCACAACAUUCUUAUUGAACAGAUGCUAACUUUUGGAGAAACAAUUGAAUUUCCUUUAUUAAAUACUGAAUAUGCAAAUCCAUUGCAGCCUUUGAAAAAUGUCUGGCUUCCUCAUGUCAUGCUGUUGGCCAAAAUAAAAAUGAGAAUUGGACAUACCCUGGCCAAGCAAGCAUAUUACAGCAAUAAAAGGAAGGACUCUUCAAAGUGGGUACCUGCUCUCCAUCUUUUUGAGACAGCCUUGCAGCUCUGUAAGAUGGCAGCUGUACAGGAAUGUGAGGUGGAGGCUGAAAUCCUCUUCCAGAAAGGCAAAAUAGAGCGUCAAAUAGUGAUGGAAGACAAACCUCUAAGUAUGAGAUUUGAGAGUUUAUGUGAAGCUAUACAACUAAGUCUGAAAAAUGACCAAAACUCGGGGUUGAUAAGAGAUUCCUACCUAGAAUUAGCCCUGUUGUUUUUGCAUAUGAUGAUGCCAAAGAGGAAAGUUUCCCAGUCACCAUCACCAGUCAAGCCUCUUGUCAGAAGGACUAGUUCUAGUAAAGAAUCAAUAAUAAAUAGAUUUCAAAUAUGCAAUUUAUUGGCCUGGAUUACAAUAAGAGCUGCUACACAGGUCAGUGAAGCUGUCCUGGCAGUGAACCUUCUCAUUGGCAAGAAGAACGCUCGAACCGAUACAGUCAAUCAGAUGGUCUUGCCGAGUCUCCCGGAAUUUGCCACUGUGGAUCUCUUGUCCUCGUACGCAGAUUAUCUGCUUGAUGACUACCAAGUUAGCUUCCAGACUUGCUACACAUUUAUGUACCAAAAUGAUGACAAAUGUGAUAGUGCAGAUGCUACCCAAAACACUCAGACUAAAGUGGAUAUUACGUGGGUUCUCCUCCUGCGCUACUUUAUACACCUGCAGAGAAUUAAUAACAUGAGCAAGCUGCUGGCAUCUGCAACCCCAGGAUCCGGGAUCUCUUUGCCAGAUGAUACGCUUCUCACAUCGCUGUACAACACUGACCUGAUUUUACGCCAAAAAGAAAUGCAUGUUUUUCUUAAAAAAUUCUUACAUUUGUAUUCCUCUUCUUGUAUCGAUGACUUUCCAAAAGAACUUCUUCAAGGACUGGAAAAUCUGGCUGAUUCAGAAAAAGUCUUAAAUGAAUCAUCAGCCAAGUUAAAUCGUGGCAGUUCUCUACAGUCUGUUUUAUCUUUGAGGACCUUUGCCAACCCAUCUUAUGUGGAAAGGAUGUCGACAGAAAUGGCUUCGCAAGCUUUAGACAAAGAACUUUGUUUCCAGUGGUAUAUCCCGCCCCUGGACCGACCUCCAGAGGAAACAGAGCCCAUGGUCUUGUUAUUGUACGCAUAUAAUAUGAAGUCUAUGAAGAUUACAGACAUCAGAAAUUCCACCUCUAACAACAUAUGUGUUGGCUCUUUGUGGCUUCCUCUGAAAAGGGUUAUUUCCAUUCACGAGCAACUAUCUAAUCUUGCACAAAUAGCUGAAAUAUCAUUGCCAUCAGUUCCUGAAAUUACUUCCGAUGAAGAUGUACAUGAAAGGGAAGAAAGAGAGGCGAAGCCAAUUGAUAGAGAUAUGGAACGCAUGAUUAUUGAAAGUUGCUCUGAAGUCAAAGCUCUCUUCGUGCGUGACAGAGCGCCGACGCCACUAACGGAGGUCCCGUUUGAUAUCUCACUGCCUUCUAUAUUUAACCUUGAGAGACUUUUUGAUCUCGCUAAUGGUUGUAUCGUAUCAGGAGGAAGGCUUUUCAACUGGAUGGUGUCCAUUAUUCCCUGAACGUCCUUUAUGAGGAAUGAAUAAAACUGAGAACCAAUCACAAUGUGACAUCAGACUGAGGAAAUUUUCAGCAGAGCCUGUCAGCCUUUGGACAUGUGAGAAAAAACGGUUGGAUUCAAUAUCUUGUUGCUCAAAACAUUCCUAUUCAGACUGGGAUCCUUUCCUGAGUGGUCACUUAAUGUACCCAAAUUCCCCAGAAACUGCUCUGAGUCUCUGCUGUCCCUCCCCUGGCCUCCUGCCAGUGUGUCAGCCACUUAAUUCACUUUCUCCCUGUUGCACACAAAUCUGUGCCUCGC